UACCACAAAGGAACUGAAGUUCAAAUAAGGCUGCUUUAGCCUCGCAUGAAACGAUGGAUUCCAAACUUUAAACCCGGAACGCCGAGCUCUCCCAUUCCACCAAGAAAAAGCAUUACUGUGCCCCCACAGUAGCACGGUGCGGAUGUGUGGCUCAGGCUGGGUAGCCAAGCUGUGAAAAAUCUUGAAGAAGAAAAACGGAGAAAAAGAAGAGAAAGAAUUUUGUAGAUCACCUAGUUAUUUCCUUGUCUAACUCCAGGAUAGCAUACAAAGCUCUUCAGCUGUGUAUCAGAGUUACACUUCUCAUACAAUCAGCUAAGUGAGAUGUCACAACUCCUGUGCACAAGCCGUUCUGAAAACCUCUGCUGAAAGCACGUUAAGGACCGAAGAACGAAGCCGAAGGAGACAGGGAAGAACUCCUUAGAAAAGGUGACAUGCAGGCAAGAUCAUGAGAGAGAAGCAUUUCAGCACGGUCUAAUCAUGCUGAUGUCAUUCACUGAUGGCUUACCUUCUGCAAACAGUGGUCAAACACUGAAACAUGCUUCCUAGAGAGGUGGUUGAUGCCCCAAGCCUGUCAGUGUUUAGGAGGCAUUUGGACAGUGCCCUUAAUACCAUGCUUUAACUUUUGGUCAUCCCUGAAUUGGUCAGGCAGUUGGACUAGAUGAUCAUUGUAGGUCCCUUCCAACUGAAAUAUUCUAUUCUGAAAGAUGUUUGAACUGAUAUGUUAAGAUGACGCUGACGAACUCUGUUCUGUUUUUUUCUUAAACAGUUCUUAAAAAAACUGGAGAAAAAAAAAAUCAAACUGUUAUAUACUGCUCUGUAUUUCUUCAGCCUGCAAAAGAAUGUGCACCCCAAAUCCUGUGCUCAAUUAAAGACAUGAGAUGCUGUAACAAAGACACAAGUGAACUCUGAGGAAAAAAUCAGUUUCUUUUCAGUGAUUUUAAAAAGUUCUUUGCAGAAGAAUAUUUGACCAGAACUAGAGGAUCAUGAUGACAACAAGAUUCAUCUGUUUAAUGCUAAUAGCUGUUGUGGGAGCUACUGGAAGCAAAACGCAGGAAUUUGAAGGCAAUGACGAGGAAACAGAACAAGAAUUCAUUUACAUGAACAGAUAUAAGCGUUCCAGUGACACACAGGACAAAUGCACUUACACCUUUAUUGUACCUCAACAGAGAGUGACAGGUGCCAUUUGUGUUAAUUCUAAGGAGCCUGAAGUUCUACUCGAAAACAGGGUAAAUAAACAAGAAUUACAGUUACUUAACAAUGAACUUCUUAAACAAAAGAGACAAAUAGAAACUCUCCAGCAACUAGUAGAGGUGGAUGGUGGGAUUGUUAAUGAGGUUAAACUCUUAAGAAAAGAGAGCAGAAAUAUGAAUUCUCGUGUCACACAACUCUAUAUGCAGUUACUACAUGAAAUUAUCCGAAAACGUGACAACGCCUUAGAACUUUCUCAACUUGAGAAUAAGAUUUUGAACCAAACUGCAGAUAUGUUGCAGCUUGCAAACAAAUACAAAGACUUAGAGCACAAGUACCAACAUUUGAUGUCAAUUGCCAAUAAUCAGUCAAUAAUAAUUGCCCAACUGGAAGAACACUGUCAAAGAAUGCCAUCCAUAAAGCCACUGCCACAAACUCCACAGCCACCAAAUAAAGUGUACCAGCCUCCUACUUACAAUCGCAUUAUUAACCAGAUAUCUACUAAUGAGAUUCAGAGUGAUCAGAACUUAAAGGUUCUGCCACCUACCUUACCAACCAUGCCUGCAGUUACUAGUAUUCCGACUUCAACUGAUAAACCAUCUGGGCCCUGGAGAGACUGUCUACAAGCAUUAGAAGAUGGCCAUGAUACAAGCUCCAUCUAUCUUGUAAAACCAGAACACACAAACCGGCUUAUGCAGGUCUGGUGUGAUCAACGGCAUGACCCUGGUGGCUGGACAGUCAUUCAGAGACGGCUGGAUGGGUCUGUCAACUUUUUCAGGAACUGGGAGACAUACAAGCAAGGAUUUGGUAAUAUAGAUGGAGAAUAUUGGCUCGGAUUAGAAAAUAUUUAUUGGUUAACAAAUCAAGGCAACUACAAACUGCUCAUAACAAUGGAAGACUGGUCAGGUCGAAAAGUAUUUGCUGAGUACGCUAGCUUCAGACUGGAGCCAGAAAGCGAAUAUUACAAGUUGAGAUUGGGACGCUACAAUGGCAACGCAGGAGAUUCUUUCACUUGGCAUAACGGUAAACAGUUCACCACGCUGGACCGGGACCAUGAUGUAUACACAGGUAAUUGUGCUCAUUACCAGAAGGGAGGAUGGUGGUACAAUGCAUGUGCUCAUUCAAAUCUCAAUGGAGUUUGGUAUCGCGGAGGACACUACCGCAGUCGUUAUCAGGAUGGUGUUUACUGGGCUGAAUUCCGGGGGGGAUCAUAUUCACUAAAGAAAGUUGUUAUGAUGAUAAGACCUAAUCCCAACACAUUCCACUGAAAUAAUUCUUCUCUUGGUUUGCUUUCUUGUUCUAAAAAUCACGUAAAGCUAUGAUGUUAUUAUCUGGAAUUAUCUUUUCAGAAAUGAGGAAUGUAAGAUAUUGUACAUUUAUUGCUAAGAUGUGAGGGCUUGUAUAUUGUAUUUUCAAGAAUCAUUCCAGGAAAAAAAGCUGAAGAAAAAAAAGGAACUGAAAUGACAUAACAUUCAGAACACCUCUUGGUACUAAAAGUAGUUACAUUAAGACUUUUAGAACUGGCAGUUUAGAUGGACUGUAGAUAAAUUUUCUGGUUUUUAUUCCCUGUAAAUUAAGUUCGGAUAGUAAAAAUGCUGCCACAACAUUUAAAUAUUUUUGUAUGUUAUAUUAUGUAUAAAUAUUCUCAAAUACAGGAAAUAUUACAAACUGUACAGCAAGAGUUUUAUUAUUAUUAUUAUGAGGAAUCAUUUGACACAGGAAAUCAUAUCCUUUGAACUGUGUAGCUGGUAUAUGUACAUUAGUGUGAUUAUUCUAAUUUAAUCUUUGUUAACUGCCAUGAAUAAAGUUAGUACUAUAUAAUUUGAUUUUGAGAGCAGAUACAAACCAUUACUGUCAUGAUAAAUCCAGUCUUUCCCCUUCACUUUGAGCAUUUUAAUAAUCUGCUCCUAUAAAUUAGAAUUCACAUUUGAUUCAAAUAUUUUAGAUUAAAAACACUAAUUAUUUUUCUUACCAAAAUGAAGUAGCUACCUGCAUAUGGAAAUUAAUCCAGAUUUACAACAGAUAUAAUAUGCUGUAUAGCCAACAUGCUAUACUACACAACAGCUGUCACAGUAUUUUGUAUCUGAUUUCAGUCAUUACCUGCUGUGUAGCCUCUGUAAUCAGAAAUGGCUGGAUAUAAAUUAAAGGGACUAUCCAACUUUGCAGGCAAAUGAUGGAUACCAAUACAUAAGCUAUUUGAUAUCCUUAGCCAGUAGAUGAAAAUUAUAUAAAGAAGUUACCUGUAGCCAAGAAAAGUUAUGUUUACCAUAUUUCACGAUUAUAACAUGUUACUGUCAAAUUAUUAAAUAGAUUUACUCAUCUGUAUUUAGAGGUCAGUCACAACUAUGAAAUACUGACUGGGAUAAUUCUAAUAUUCUUCUGAGGUAGGUUUCUAGAACAGAUUGUUAUAACACCCAUUUCAAAACAGCAACUACUACGAAAAAUAUAAGUUAAAGAAUGCAUAUAAGAGGGAGAGCAAAAGCCUCUAGAAGUUCAAUGUUUUUUUCAGUAAGCCUGUAAGAUACUUACUGUGUGUUUGUGUGCGUGUGCUUGCACACUUCUUCCUUUAUUACCUCAUCACUUCUUUACAACAGUAUGAUGUGCAUUAAACUGACGUGUUAUGUAGCAUGUGUUGUAUAUAACUGAAAGUAGGGUAUUUAAUAUAUUAGAUUACCCCUGUAAUAUUGUAAUCCUUUAAUAAAGCAACAAAUGUUAUUUUGACAUGUUCAG